AUGACAUUGACAGAGGACCUGGGUAUCCUUUUCAUUGGUGCUAGAGACGCCGUAUACGCCCUGGACCUUGAGAAUAUCUCCUCGAAAAAGGCUGGGACCUACGCAAACGGAACGUUGACCCUGGAAGGGGAGAAGGAAGAGGGACGAGGGAAAGUUCCCUUUGACCCCUUCCAGAGGUCAACCUCGGUCAUGGUUGUCUAUAUGUUCUUUAGUGAGGAGGCCAUGGAGUUUGACCUGCCAGACAAGCUCAGGGUGUCUCAUGUGGCGCGGGACUGCAAGGAGGACAUGGGAGGCCUGAGAACCCUGCAGCAGAAGUGGACGUCCUACCUGAUGGCCCGUCUGGACUGCCCAAUGCCCUUGGAACCUAGCCUGCCAGCCAUCAUUCAGGACGUCUUCCUCCUGAAAGACCAGGAUUGGAGGAAGAGCGUGUUUUACGCUGUUUUCAGCCCGCAGACGUGUUUUGAUGAUUAUGCGACCACAUCGGACCUCUCUACUGCGUGUGCGUUCAGUGUGGCUGACAUUGGGAGUGAGGGUAGGUAUCUGACUCCGGUGAAAAUGGAGUCAGAAACAAGGUGGGUUGCCCACACCGGAGAGCAGCCUGUCCCACGACCUGGAGCAUGUAUGAACAAUGCUGCACGGGACCUGGGGGUGGGGCACUCGCUGGACCUCCCUGACAAGACCCUGCAGUUUGUCCGUGACCGGCCACUCAUGGAGGGGGCAGUUCCUCCACUGACCGGGGGUCCACUGGUGCUGCAGAGGGGAGCCAAGUUCUCAGGGAUUGUGGUGGACAGAGUCAUGGCCAUGAAUGGAGAAAUCUACCACGUUAUGUUUAUUGGAACAGAGGAAGACAAGGUGCAGAAGGUUGUGCAGUAUGCUGGUGGUGACACAAUCUCCCAGACUCCGGAGCCUAUCAAAGUGAUGGGUCUCUCCUCUGGCACGGGACAGCUCUAUGCCGGCUCAGAGUCUUGUCUGGUCCAGUUUCCGGUUAGUGACUGUGGUCGGUAUGGGUCCUGUCUGGACUGUAUCCUGGCCAGAGAUCCCUAUGGUUCCUGGGAGACCACCUCAGCAGCCUGCUCAUCUGUCCUCAACUUACCCACUGGCUCCAGGAACAUGCACCAAAGCCUUUUACAUGUGGAUUCCUCUAUGUACCCCCGAUCAGUCACUGUGCAGCCAGUUCCGUUCCCAUUCAUUGUUGGGAGCCCCAUCCACCUGCCGUGCCAACCAGCAUCCAACCUGGCACAGGUGAGCUGGCACUUUGCUAGGCAGCCCCUCCAGCUGAGAGACAGGUACCGGAUGAUGAGCCAGGACUUGUUGAUAGUGAGUGCUGUAGCUUCAGACGCUGAUCGGUACACCUGCCAGAGUCUGGAGGAGGUCAAAGGUCGACUCUACACCAGGACAGAGGCUGUCUACAUCCUGCAGCCCACAAAGACUCUACUGGUCCUGCAGUCAUCUGUGGCUGUGCUGUCUGUGCUGCUGGGGGCUGUGGUCCUCUGGAGUGUCAGGAAGAGUGUCAGGAAGAGCAUUGAGGCCAAGGAGGAGCAUCAGACAGAGAGGGUAUCGGUUGCUCUCCUGUCCAUGAUCCUGCGGUCUCUGAUGCGCCGGAACAUCAGCAGAGAUCAGUUGAGCCACAGAGUCUUCAGGAUGGAGGAGGGGCUCCAGGAGCACAUGUCACCCUCUAACAGCUCAUCUGACGCAGUGAUCCACAUGGGUGACAUCUGA